UUGUACGUUCUUAUUUCUUGCAGAACUACAAGUAAUACUCAAAACCUUGGCGGCUCAAACCCCAUUUCCUCAAAACAAUGCUGAGUUCCAAGACCUUGAUAUUCAAGAAGCAAAAAAGAAAGACAAAAAAUGGAAAGAAUAAGAAAUCAAAGAAAAUUUCAGUUUCCACAAAACAAGAAACAGUUGCCAAACAAUACCAAAUAGCACCACAAGAACAACAACAAGAAGAAGGAGAUGGGAGUUUUAGCUUAAAAGCGUCAGUACAAUCAGAUAACCAUGGAGUACAACCACUUGGGAAUUUUUAUAUCAACCCAUCAUCUCAUAAUUCAAGAAACACUGGUUUAGGUAAUCUUCAGACUUUAACUGAUGAGCUUGUUCUUGAUAUUUUAGCCCUUUUAGAAGGUACUAAUUUGGGUAUUUUGUCAACUGUAAGCAAAGGUUUUUAUAUCUUUUGUAAUCAUGAACCCCUUUGGAGGAAUCUUGUAUUAGAGAAUUGUAAAGGUGGGUUCUUUUUUAAAGGUUCUUGGAAGUCUACUUUUGUUAGUGCUAAUAAGCCUUUGUUUUCAGUUUUGAGUUGUGGUUUUAAAGUUAGAGACUUUUAUUCUGAUUACUUGUUUCAGAGUUGGUUAUGUGCUAAUCUUGAAAUGAAAGCUGAAUGGUUAGAAAGGGAUAAUAUAGUAAGGAGGAAAGGGAUUUCUGUUGAUGAGUUUGCGUUGAAUUUCGAGGAACCGAAUAAGCCGGUUUUGUUAGAAGGGUGUUUGGAGAAUAAUUGGCCUGCAUUGGAGAAAUGGAAUAGGGGUUAUCUGAUUGAAAAAUGUGGGGAUGUGAAGUUUUCGGUAGGGCCGGUGGAAAUGAAGCUUGAGGACUACUUUAGGUAUUCUGAUCAAGUGAGGGAAGAAAGGCCGUUGUAUUUGUUUGAUCCAAAGUUUGCGGAGAAAAUUCCUCAAUUAGAAAAGGAUUAUGAUAUCCCGAUGUACUUCAAUGAGGAUUUGUUUAGUGUUUUGGGUAAUGACAGGCCAGACUAUAGGUGGAUUAUAAUUGGACCUGCAGGGUCUGGCUCGUCAUUCCACAUUGAUCCAAAUUCUACCUCCGCUUGGAAUGCGGUAAUCAAAGGAUCAAAGAAAUGGGUGUUGUUCCCGCCUGAUGUGGUCCCACCAGGGGUUCAUCCGAGUCCUGAUGGUGCAGAAGUGGCAAGUCCUGUUUCAAUUAUAGAAUGGUUCAUGAACUUUUAUAAUGCAACGAAGAAUUGGAAAAAGAGACCUAUUGAGUGUGUCUGCAAGGCGGGUGAAGUAAUCUUUGUGCCUAACGGAUGGUGGCAUUUGGUCAUCAAUUUAGAGGAUUCGAUUGCCAUUACCCAGAACUUUGUUAGCAGGAGGAAUUUACUGAAUGUUUUGGAGUUUCUAGAAAGGCCAAAUGCUUGCACUCUUGUGUCUGGAACAAGCGACAGAGUCAAUUUGCAUGACAAAUUUAAGAAUGCUAUUGAAACAUAUCUUCCAGGUACUAUUGAUGAGUUGACUCUGAAAGCCGAGGAGAAAAAAGCCCAGCAGAAUAAACCUUCCUUCUGGGAUACGGUCACUGAUUCAAAAGCAGGCGCUUUCAAAUUUUCUUUUUGAUGAAAGGCCAGUGAUGAAAUCUUCAUCAGUUGGUCCCCAGGCAGUGGACUUUGAUGAAUCUUCUGCACAAACAGAUGAAGCUGCAAGAAUGAAAUUUACUCAAUGAAAUUUGCUCAUUCUUUACAUGACAAGAGGGCUUAUUGACAUUUUAUUCAUUGAUCUUGUAUGUUUCAAGAUGGAUCAAAAGUCUAGAUAGUGUUUAGGAAAACAAAAUGAGGUAUCAACAAAGUCUUAGACAAUUUUUGGCGUCAUUUAUUCAUCUUUCAGUGUUGUAAUAUCUCUUCCAUUUGCUGUAUCAACAACAUUGGCCCUUAAAUCAGAACGUAGCUUGGAAUC